AACAUGAAACUGAUUGUAUUCCUGGCCUGUUUGGCUGUCGCCUCCGCAGCGGUUCUGCCCGCUGAGCCCGCCAAGGCGGUGGCCGUGAAGGACAUGCCCCGUUCCGGCAAGAUCGAGGGCAGGAUCACCAACGGCUACCCCGCCUACGAGGGCAAGGUGCCCUACAUCGUGGGCCUGAGCUUCAACGACGGCACCCACUGGUGCAGCGGAUCGAUCAUCGGCAACACCUGGAUCCUGACCGCCGGCCACUGCGUGAGGACCGCCAGCCACGUGCUCAUCUACUACGGAGCCAGCUUCCGGCACGAGGCGCAGUUCACCCACCGGGUGACCAGCAACGACAUGAUCAUCCAUCCCGACUGGAACGACUACCUGAACAACGACAUCGCCCUGAUCCGCACUCCGCACGUGGACUUCUGGCACCUGGUCAACAAGGUGGAGCUGCCCAGCUACAACGACCGCUACAACAGCUACGCCGGCUGGUGGGCCUUGGCCUCCGGCUGGGGACUGACCGACAACGACAGCGGCAUAUCCAACUACCUCAACUGCGUCGACGUCCAGAUCGCGGACAACAACGACUGCCGCAACUACUACGGCGGCAACUACGUCACCGACAACACCAUCUGCAUCAACACCGACGGCGGCAAGUCCUCCUGCAGCGGCGACUCCGGCGGCCCGCUGGUCCUCCACGACGGCAACCGCAUCGUGGGCGUCGUCUCCUUCGGCAGCGGCGAGGGCUGCACCGCCGGCAGGCCCGCCGGAUUCACCCGCGUCACCGGUUACCUCGACUGGAUCCGCGACCACACCGGCAUUUCCUACUAAAAAGAUUAAACAUCAAUAAAUAGCAGGCAAAAACUUUAAGUUUCUUUAAUUUA